UCGCAGGAUUUCAACAACUACAAAUGGAAAAAAUAUAAUAGUAGCUGGAAGCCGGACACCGGAUAUAGAAGCGACGCGCUCAAAGGUCAUUUGCCACUGAGGACGUUUGGCGACGGUGAUUAUCACAGUGCUACUAUGAAGUUAGAACUUCACACCGACGACAUGAACAAAGAAUGUGGACAAGGGUUGGAUGUGUUCUACGUAAUACGAUAAAACGACAAUUUUACAAUAUUAUAUUGGUUUUGUCGUUGUAAUAUUGCCGCAACAAUAAUAAUAAUAUGUAAUACAGCACAAGCGCAAUAUGAUCACGUUUUACUGUUUUACAGAUAUUGAUCCACAGUCCGGCUGAAUGGCCCGACAGGUCACAUCCGACAUUGUUGGCCAGCAUCAAUAUGAUUUCGACUAUUUCAAUUAAACCGUUUGUGCUUACCACCGCCGAGGAGCUAAUACCGUGGGAUCCCCACAUAAGGCACUGUUACUUUCAAAACGAGAGAAAACUAAAAUUUUUCAAAGUUUACACUAAAAAUAAUUGCAUCUUGGAGUGUCGCAGCGUUCAUAUAUUGUCGCAGUGUGGUUGUGUGCCUUUUUACUACUUAAGAACGAAAAACACGCCAGUUUGUGGACCUGCUAAAAUGUCAUGUUGGGUUACUGCGUCACAGACUUCGUCGGAUUCAUGUGAUUGUUUACCGGGAUGUACUGAAUUUUUUUUCAAAAUGUCAUCAAUGAAUGCGCAGCUCACUGAAUCUGCUCAAAACAAAAAUAAAAAUGACCCGGAACCUAGUUCGUUAGUAUUGAGUGUUUAUUACCAGAGUAAAAAUUUCAUUGGACAUAAUCGAAUAAUGACUUUUACGUUCGGUCAAUUUAUGGGUAAUGUGGGUGGUAUAAUGGGAUUGUGCUUGGGGUUUAGCUUUUUGAGCUUGGUUGAGAUUAUUUACUUUUUAACACUCAGACCACUCGUGAACUUUUGUAAUGCAAAAAGAAAAUUGAAAAAAGUAGACCCAACACGUGUGUUGGAAGAAGAGCCGAUUUGAUCCAAUUUAAUUCAAUUGAACCACAACAGUAAUAAUCAGCUGUCAGAUAUGUUGAAAAAUCGGAGAUUUGCGUGCACUCUCUUAUCUACACAAAAUAAUAAAUUAUCAGUUUCGACUAUACGAUUUUUUUUA